AACAGCCCUAGUUGCCCCGAUCAGUCACCAUGCUUUGACGCACGUAUGCCCUGGACAGGUCAGCCCCGAUGCCCUUCCGCUUGGCUCCCCUGAAGAGGAGGGUGAGUCCGUCAGCGCGUGAACCUUGGAAAGGUGUUGUUGCCUGCGAGACGAGCCUCCCAAGCUUGGCCAAGGGACUCCAGGGCAGCGAUAUCGGUGCUUGGGUGCCAUCCCCGAAGACUGGCAACGAGGAAACCUUGCCGCAAAUCCAAGAAAUUGCGGAUCGCAUUGCCAGCAGAUACGCUGGCGGCCUGAACAAGCUCAAUGAGGUGCAGCGUGCGUGGCGACAGAAGCAAGAUGCCCUGCAACGAAAGCGCCAGAACCGUCUCAGCCAAGGUGGGGAGGAGGAGCCCAUCCUCUCGCCCUCCUGUCGGGACGAUUCGUCGCCGGGAUCCUUCACAGCGCGGGAAGCCUCGCGCGAGGGUCUUCAGCCCUCGACCUCCGGCGCCUCUCGUUUGCCAAGCGGCUCCAGCUCUACGAGGAGAAACCGGACGAGGAAAAAGACUUGGCCCAGGAAAGCAGAUGUGCCGGACGCGCCCGAGGACGUCCCGGAUCAGGUCGAAGAAAAGGAGACCCGAAUCAAAGAUGUGCUGAAAAGCGGCCUGGGAGACCUUUUUCAUCAGAAACGUGAAGUGUAUCAUGAAGAUCCGGAGCUCCAUGAGACACAUCUUCCCCGAGAGAGGCAAUCGGUUCUGAGACGGAGCGAGUCCAUGAGGAGUCAAGGAGGCAAAGGCUUCGAGGAGGAAGAUGCGCGCUUUGGCAAAGGCUUCGUGUCCGAUGCAGAUGCAGCGUCUGUGAUGAAUAGCUCAGCAAACAUGGAGGAUUCACGGAUGAAGCGUCCUCGCGAGUCCGCCGUUCCGAGGAGGACCACCUUGUUCUCCAAGAAGAACCCUCGCAUGGUGCGACAGCAGGAAGCUUUGCACGUAGAAGACGAUGGCGAGCGACAUGGUCGUCAGUUGAGCUUCGCCACAUGUAGUGAACUAGCCAAGAAACACCGGUUCACAGUACCCAUCGUGCGACAUGCAUUGGAGGAGUUUCUGUCUUUGGACAAGAACGGUGAUGGCCGGCUGUCCUUGAACGAGUUUGAACAGGCCAUUCGCGAUCGCUGCAACAUUGCUCCGGAUGAAGCAACCCCAUACCACUUGCUACAUUUGAACUGGAGCAAGGCGGACAAGGACAACGACUCAGAGAUCAACUUUGAGGAGUUCCUCCUUUGGUCCACGGAGCAUUUGUUUACCGAAGAGCUGGUGGUGAACGAUCCCCAGGAGCGAUACAUGCGGGAAUUGGCCCGCAAAUUCAACUUGCCCCUGGACCAGGUUGAAAAAUGCUACAAGACCUUCAUGAGCAGCGACAGCAAUAGGAAUGGCUUCAUCGAGGAGGGCGAGUUUCGAAGCUGCGUGGCCAACCUUUGGAAUUGCGACAUGGAAGACAUCCCAGCGACCCGCUUUCGGCAAUUUUGGCUGGAGGCAGACAAAGGCCGCCUGGGCAAGCUCUCCUUUGAGGUCUUUCUCAUUUGGUACAUGACCAUCGGAGUAAGAUGAGACCUGACGCCGUGAAGAUCGGAUGGUAAGAUUUUUGGCGUUUUUGGCCCAGUAAGCUGGC